AUGGACCUAGCAGCUAAAGACCUUAUUCUAUUAACUUGUUGGUUUUGGAUGAAAGAUGGAAUCCUCUAUGCUAAGGGAUAA